AUGCCCUCCACAAGCGCUGGCUUCAAGUUUCUGGCCUUGCCUCUCGAGACUCGCCAGCAGAUUUACAGGCUCUGCGUGCCUCAGAAUCUCCUGAUUGGGAGUGAGUCGGUCGAACGAGAGUUCGCUCGCUUCGAGAACUUUGUGCACUACGACGAUAGCAACAAAGAAGUCGUACACGGCCUUGACAGCUGCUGCCGGGCUUCCGACGCCGCAUGCCCUCCAAGAUUCACCAAUCCUCGUCGGCGCGCCAUUCCUGGCCUUCUUCUCGUCUCCCGCCAGGUCUCUGCAGAGGCGCAGAUUGCUAUGUACGCCGGAAACACCUUCCAGUUCUUCUUGAAUGGCGCUAUGGCGGCCCAUUCCGGGGACGGCAUCGCCAAGUUCUAUCCGGAGACGAGAGCCAAAAUGCGGAAGCUCAUACUCUUCACUGGCGCUCCAUUUUGCUACCUCAACUUUCCGAAUAUUUCGCCACGGUACGACAUAUGGGAUGACGCCUUGAAAAACAUUUCGGUCCUCGGCGUCGUCGCCCUGCCGCCACACUAUAGCAGAGGCAGGUUUUGGGCGGCCGAGGAGACGAAGCACGUGGAGAUGAAAGAUAUCGUCGACUACCUCUCUGGCGUACUCCCAAGGACCGCCCGGAUUGUCGUCGACGCGGACCGGUAUAGCGACACGGUGCAGAUCUGGGAGGAGGGUCUCCCCGGCCGCUGUCACUUUCAGCGGCUGCGCGCGGGGACAUGGGCUUCGGGAGGGGCCUUUACCCAACGGCCGACUCUGACUCUGACUCGGAGUAACGGCGAUGAUCUCAACCACUCCGAGGCCCAGAACAGAUAA